GAUGUGGGUUACAACCUGGAAUGCUUGAGGCUGCAGAUCCCCUCCCCUUCUUGACUGAGCAGUAAGGGCUCCCUGCUGUGGUGCAGGAACAGCCCUGGGUGUCUCCAGGAGGGGGCCAUGGAUCUGCUGCGGGAACUGAAGGCCAUGCCUAUCACGCUGCACCUGCUCCAGUCCACCCGAGUCGGGAUGUCUGUCAACGCCCUUCGGAAGCAGAGCUCCGACGAGGAGGUCAUUGCACUGGCCAAGUCCCUCAUCAAGUCCUGGAAGAAGCUCCUGGAUGCUUCAGAUGCCAAAGCCAGGGAGCGGGCGAGGGGCACGCCUCUGCCCACGUCCUCGAGGGAUGCCUCAGAGGCCCCGGAUCCCAGCCGCAAGAGGCCGGAGCUGCCCAGGGCACCGUCGACUCCAAGGAUCACCACAUUUCCUCCGGUGCCUGUCACCUGUGAUGCCGUACGCAACAAGUGCCGUGAGAUGCUGACUGCUGCCCUGCAGACGGCCCACGACCACGUGGCCAUCGGUGCGGACUGCCAGCGCCUGUCGGCUCAGAUCGAGGAAUGCAUCUUCCGGGACGUUGGAAACACAGACAUGAAGUACAAGAACCGUGUACGGAGUCGUAUCUCCAACCUGAAGGAUGCCAAGAACCCUGACCUGCGGCGGAAUGUGCUGUGUGGGGCCAUAACACCCCAGCAGAUUGCCGUGAUGACCUCAGAGGAGAUGGCCAGUGAUGAGCUGAAGGAGAUCCGUAAGGCCAUGACCAAGGAGGCCAUCCGAGAGCACCAGAUGGCCCGUACUGGCGGCACGCAGACAGACCUGUUCACCUGCGGCAAGUGCAGAAAGAAGAACUGCACCUACACGCAGGUGCAGACCCGCAGCUCUGAUGAACCCAUGACCACCUUCGUUGUCUGCAACGAGUGUGGAAACCGCUGGAAGUUCUGCUGAGCCCUCGUGUAGAUGUGCUGCAGCCUUGGGCCGUGGUCAGUGCUGGCCUCCCCCGCCCACGUCCUCCGUUGAUACAGCUUCUCUGGAGACCCUAGAAGGCGGCAUGUCCUGCCCUCAACCUGCCUGCCUGGAUUGCACCUUUCUGCCCUUUCCCCCUCGUUAUUAAAUGUUUCUUUUUGCCA